CUCAGGAAUUACCCCUGGCGGUGCUCAGGAGACCAUAUGGGAUGCUGGGAAUCGAACCCUGGUCUGCCCAGUGCAAGGCGAACGCCCUACUCGCUGUGCUAUUGCACCAGCCCCCAGUAGACUGUUUUCUUAGUAUUUUAUUAUGAAAGUAAAACUUUGUGAGAGAAGAAAUGACAAAUUUUUAGUCUUAAAAUGUCAAUACUAAAAAAUAUAUAAAGUACAUUUUGAGGAAUUGUUAAUGAAUUGCUGCAGAAGGUUAAACUGUUAAAUUAUUAGGAUUUUAAAGAAUCCUAAUAAUGGUAGGAAAAAUUUGAAACAGUAAUUGGUAAAGACUUUCAACUGACUUUCAGUUUGCUUUAAGUUUUGUUUCUUUGGUAUUGGGGAUCAUACUCAGGUCUCACGUAUGCAAGGCAUGUACUUUACCUCUGAGCCACAACAUCUGCCAUAGAAUAUAAUUUUUUAAAAAAUCAUGUGCUAUUGUGUUUGGAGAACCUUUUCUGUGUAUCUCUUUUUACUUAGUAAUUCCUCUUUAAGGAUCCUUUCUUUCGGAGUUAUGAGAGUAAGUACUUAGGAAGAUACUCAUCAAAUACUGUUUCUACCAAAUGUGUGGAAAGGAGUGGACCAGUAUCGGCCUCUGUAUAUAUUCUCACUGCCCCUUCAGCGCCAUUAAGUUGAAACCUGAGGCUAAAGUAAAAAUCAAUAAUCCUGAUACUGUGUUUUAAUUUUUUUGUAUUUUGUUCGUGAUGAAUUUUUACAGUUUCAACUUUUAAAAUUAAUACAUUAAAAUGUUACUUAUCUUGAUUACUAAUAUCUUUGGUGCCUUAAUUUUUGUGCCUGAAUUCUAGUUAGUUGAAAAAGGCAGAUACUUCACUUGCCUCACCCCACUCAUUGUUGUGUAAUCUGAUAUGUUUGUUAAAUAAUAUUUUUAUCAGAACUUCUAAACUUUAGCAGAUAUAGAGAUACCUCUCCCCACAAAUAAAGGACUUUGUGGACAUGUCCAAGAAUAGGUAUUUUGAGAUUUUCCAGAUAUCAUUAUGAUAAAGAGAACUAAAACUAAAAAAAAAAAAAUUAUCAGGUGUUUUAAAUGCAACAACGUAUUUGUAAGAGCAAACAACCCUGAAAACUUGUGACAAUUACAUAAUUGUUAUUUAUGAUUUAAUAUAUUUACAUUUAUUAAUAAUCUUUUGAAAUAAAAAAUGACUUAAAUGAAUACUCUUUUGGAAUUUUCAGACUCUAGAGUACAUCUGUAGGCCUCAGGAAUUCUGGAUGUCAAAUUUUAAAAACUGAUGUUUAGCCACUAGAAGUGAUUUUGGAAUAAUAUGUAAUAUUAUGGAAAUGUUAAAUCAAGUGAUCAAAAAAAUAAGAAUGGAGUAUAGUCAUGGCCAACAGCAAAAAACUCAAGAGGGGGAACUGAAAAUUAGUGCUGUGUUUUCAGUCAGUGGCAGUCCUCUUGCUCCGCAGUUGACUACUGGCUUUCAGCCUUCACUGGCAUCAUCUGGCAUGAAUAAAAUGCUUCCUUCAGUUCCAGCCACAGCUGUUCGAGUUUCCUGUUCUGGCUGUAAAAAAAUUCUUCAAAAGGGGCAAACUGCUUAUCAGAGGAAAGGGUCUACUCAGCUUUUCUGCUCCACACUGUGCCUCACUGGAUAUACAGUUCCACCUGCCCGCCCACUGCCUCCUCCCACCAAGAAAACUUGUUCAAGCUGCUCAAAAGACAUUUUAAAUCCAAAGGAUGUGAUCAGUGCCCAGUUUGAAAAUGCUACUACUAGUAAAGAUUUUUGCAGUCAGUCAUGUUUGUCAACUUACGAACUGAAAAGAAAACCUGUUGUCACCAUCAAUACAAAUAGCAUUUCAACCAAAUGUAGUAUGUGUCAGAAGAAUGCUGUUAUUCGACAUGAAGUCAAUUAUCAGAAUGUUGUACAUAAACUUUGCAGUGAUGCCUGCUUCUCUAAGUUUCGCUCUGCUAACAACCUUACAAUGAACUGUUGUGAGAACUGUGGGGGUUAUUGUUACAGUGGCUCUGGACAGUGCCACAUGCUUCAGAUAGAGGGACAGUGGAAGAAAUUUUGUAGUUCAGCAUGUGUCACAGCAUACAAGCAGAAAUCAGCCAAAAUUACACCAUGUACACUUUGCAAAUCAUUGAGAUCCUCAGCAGAAAUGAUUGAGAAUACCAAUAGCUUGGGAAAGACAGAGCUUUUCUGUUCUGUUAACUGCUUAUCUGCUUACAGAGUUAAAAUGGUUACUUCUGCAGGUGUACAAGUUCAAUGUAACAGUUGUAAAACCUCAGCAAUCCCUCAGUAUCACCUAGCCAUGUCAGAUGGAAGUAUACGCAACUUCUGCAGCUACAGUUGUGUGGUAGCUUUCCAGAAUUUGUUCAACAAACCAACAGGAAUGAAUUCAUCAGUAGUGCCCUUGUCUCAGGGCCAAGUAAUUGUAAGCGUCCCCACAGGUUCAACAGUUUCAGCAGGUGGAGGUAACACUUCGGCUGUUUCUCCCACCUCCAUCAGUAGUUCUGCUGCAGCUGGUCUCCAGCGUCUUGCUGCUCAAUCCCAACAUGUUGGGUUUACCCGAAGUGUUGUAAAACUCAAGUGUCAGCACUGUAACCGUCUCUUUGCUACAAAACCAGAACUUCUUGAUUACAAGGGUAAAAUGUUUCAGUUCUGUGGCAAGAAUUGUUCUGAUGAAUAUAAGAAAAUAAAUAAUGUAAUGGCAAUGUGUGAAUAUUGUAAAAUUGAGAAAAUUGUAAAGGAAACAGUGCGAUUCUCAGGUGCUGACAAGUCAUUCUGCAGUGAAGGUUGCAAAUUGCUUUAUAAACAUGACUUAGCAAAACGCUGGGGAAAUCACUGUAAAUUGUGCAGUUACUGUUUACAGACAUCUCCUAAAUUGGUACAGAAUAAUUUUGGGGGGAAGGUAGAAGAAUUCUGUUGUGAAGAUUGCAUGUCCAAGUAUACAGUUUUGUUCUAUCAGAUGGCCAAAUGUGAUAGUUGUAAGCGACAGGGUAAACUUAGCGAGUCCUUGAAAUGGCGAGGAGAAAUGAAACACUUCUGUAAUCUGCUUUGUAUCUUGAUGUUCUGUAAUCAGCAAAGUUUGUGUGACCCUCCUUCACAAAACAGUACAGCGAGUGUUUCCAUGGUGUCAGCAGCUUCAGCUGGGCCCCCCUCACUAAGAAAAGAUUCAACUCCAGUUAUAGCUAAUGUAGUAUCAUUAGCAAGUGCUCCUGCUGCUCAACCCACUAUAAAUUCUAACAGCGUUUUACAAGGUGCAGUUCCAACAGUAACAGCGAAAAUCAUUGGGGAUGCAAGUACACAAACGGAUGCCCUGAAAUUGCCGCCUUCCCAGCCUCCAAGACUUUUGAAGAAUAAAGCUUUAUUAUGCAAACCCAUCACACAGACUAAAGCCACCUCUUGCAAACCACAUAACCAAAACAAGGAAUGCCAGACGGAAGACGCUCCAAGUCAGCCCCAGAUCAUUGUGGUACCCGUUCCUGUACCAGUGUUCGUGCCAUUACCUCUUCAUCUUUAUACUCAGUAUGCACCCGUCCCGUUUGGCAUUCCAGUUCCAAUGCCUGUUCCUAUGGUUAUUCCAUCCUCAAUGGAUAAUGAAGAUAAAGUACCUGAGAGUAUUGAAGACAUUAAGGAAAAGCUUCCCUCACAUCCAUUUGAAGCUGAUCUCCUUGAGAUGGCAGAAAUGAUUGCAGAAGACGAAGAAAAGGAAAAGACUCUAUCCCAGGGAGGAUCACAAACUUCUGAACAGGAACUCUUUCUAGACACCAAGAUAUUUGAGAAAGACCAAGGAAGUACUUACAGUGGUGAUCUUGAAUCAGAGGCAGUAUCUACUCCACAUAGCUGGGAGGAAGAGUUGAAUCAUUAUGCCUUAAAGUCAAAUGCUGCACAAGAGGCUGAUUCAGAAUUGAAGCAGUUCUCAAAAGGGGAAACAGAACAGGAUCUGGAAGCAGAUUUUCCAUCAGAAUCCUUUGACCCACUUAAUAAAGGACAGGGGAUCCAGGCACGUUCUCGAACAAGACGACGACACAGGGAUGGCUUCCCACAGCCCAGACGAAGAGGACGAAAGAAGUCUAUAGUGGCUGUGGAGUCCAGGAGCCUUAUUCAAGGAGCCUUCCAAGGGUGCUCAGUGUCUGGGAUGACGUUAAAAUACAUGUAUGGUGUAAAUGCGUGGAAGAACUGGGUUCAGUGGAAAAAUGCAAAGGAAGAGCAGGGUGAUCUGAAAUGUGGCGGAGUUGAACAUGCCUCAUCAAGCCCGUGUUCUGAGCCCUUAGGAAAUGCUCAAGAUCACACACAAGAAUCCUCAGAGCCAGGCUGUAGAGUUCGCUCUAUCAAAUUGAAGGAAGAUAUUCUGUCCUGCACUUUUGCUGAGUUGAGCUUGGGCUUAUGCCAGUUUAUCCAAGAGGUGCGGAGACCAAAUGGUGAAAAAUACGAUCCAGACAGUAUCUUAUACUUGUGCCUUGGAAUUCAGCAGUACCUGUUUGAAAAUGGUAGGAUAGAUAACAUUUUUACUGAGCCCUAUUCCAGAUUUAUGAUCGAACUUACCAAACUCUUGAAAAUAUGGGAACCAACAAUACUUCCUAAUGGUUACAUGUUCUCUCGAAUUGAAGAAGAGCAUUUGUGGGAGUGCAAACAGCUGGGUGCUUAUUCACCAAUUGUCCUCUUGAACACCCUCCUUUUCUUCAAUACCAAAUACUUUCAGCUGAAGAAUGUUACUGAGCAUUUAAAGCUUUCAUUUGCUCAUGUGAUGAGACGGACCAGGACUCUGAAGUAUAGCACCAAGAUGACAUACCUGAGAUUCUUCCCACCGUUACAGAAGCAGGAAUCAGAAUCAGAUAAGCCAACUGUUGGCAAGAGAAAACGAAAUGAAGAUGAAGAAGUUCCAAUGGGUGUGGAGAUGGCAGAAAAUACUGAUAACCCUCUAAGAUGUCCAGUUCGACUUUAUGAGUUUUACCUGUCAAAAUGUUCUGAGAGUGUGAAGCAGAGGAAUGAUGUGUUUUACCUUCAACCUGAGCGCUCCUGUGUUCCGAACAGCCCCAUGUGGUACUCCACAUUUCCCAUAGAUCCCGGGACCCUGGACACCAUGUUAACACGUAUUCUUAUGGUCAGGGAGGUACAUGAAGAACUUGCCAAAGCUAAAUCUGAAGACUCUGAUGCUGAGUUAUCAGAUUAGAGCAGAAAUAGGGUUCCUAUUUUCAUACACAUUGGUAUGCACCAAACUGUGAAUUGCAUCCAGCUUUGGAAAACGAUGUAUAAGCCCAAGUCCUCUUGACUUGAUUAUAAAUAUUGGAAGACUCGUGAACCACAGUGUGGAUGUACAAAUGAAAACUGAAGGAAAGAAUUUGAACUGAAGAAUGUUCUUCUUUGGCAGUGCUAUAGUUCUUAGAUAUGUUCAGAAUGACUAACCAAUUUCUCUGAGUGGUGCAUAAUCUUAUUUUGUUUGGGAAUAACAAAUUGUGGAAUAUUUUUAAGGAAAACUGUUGUAUAAAACUCUACCAUAGUAACCUUAGACCUUAGAGAGGUAGCUUUGGAGUGAAACCUUGGCUGCAGUAGGCUACUUACACAAGUCCUGUGUAAAAGUUAGGGAGAAACCAGAACUGAAUUAAGAAUGACAUCAGAUAAGUACUGUUGGACCUGGACUUGAAGACCCAAUAAGAAUAUACAGCUUGUGUAUUUUUUGUUGUUGUUGUUUUUUGUUUUUUGUUUUGAAGAUAGAGUGAAAUGGUUUUGCUAUUGAUUUUCACUGCCAAGCCAAUUCUGUGACGACCAGAAGCCCCUGGUGCUUUUGCCUUUGGCCCCUGUCAUUAGGGAAAAGCCUUCUCUGCUCUUCACAGAUUGUGUCCCUCUGACUCUCUGGGUCUUGAUUUUGCAGCCAUGGGUCUGGAUGUGGGUAAAUUGAGGAAAAGGGUCCGAUACUCUGCAAAUUGAUUAUGUACACAGGAAAAUCUGUGACGCCCAUUGGAUCCCAGCUCUCUUGAAAUGUGUGUUGAAAGCCCACUAAAAUACCUACUUCUGGGUCUUGGCCUUUAUUGCUGCUGUCUCAUAGCAUGGGCUGUGGUACAGAGAAAUGGGGUUCUCCUUUUGUUUUCAUUUUAUCCCCAAAGGGCAGCUUUCCUCCCUUUGUUUUAUCUUCCUUCUUCCCAAAUAAUCCCAGUUAUUUUCUGUUUUCCCAAUUAUUUUGUUAUUUUCCCAAUUUCUGGAGGCCCUUGUCAUUUCAAAACAGAAUAGUCUCUUCUUAUUCUGGCAACCCUGUGGGGGAAUUCCACAAAGAUACAGUAUUACUUAGCUGUCAGACAUGGUAGAAAGGUCCUAGUAUGUUCCUAUAUAAAGCAUUUGGAAAAAUGACUUUGUUGCCCUAUGAAACUUGAAAGUAGGAAUUCUGGGGUUAGGAUACAAAAACAUUGAUUGUCUUGCAUAUCCACAAGCAGAACAUCUUAUUAUAGCAUUUAUUUCAAACUUUAGCUGUUUUCGUAGUUCUAUGAGGAUUGCAAGUCAUAGGUGUGUUUGGCAUAUCAAUCCAUGUCUCAACUUCAUUCUCAGUUUCAUUCCUCACAAAUUGUGAUUCAAAGCUUUUAUGAUGUUGACCAACACAGAACUUUUUCUUUUGACCCCUGUAAUAGAAAUGAAAAUAAUCCAAAAAUCAUCUUAGAAUUUUAACCUUGAAAGUCUUUUUCAAUAUAUGCCCCUCCCCUUUUUAAAGUGGGGUUGACAGGUGUAUUUUUUUUAAAUAAAUAAAAGUCAUUUACUUAUAAUAAAAAUUUUAAAGUAGGCCUUUUGACAUUGUGUACUUGAUGGUUCUUUCUCUCCCUCUCUCUCUGCUUGUAACAAAUUUUGUUUUGUUAUCAAGAACUGUGUGAAAGAAGUAAAUCUGCCCUGAUUCUGUAUGAUUAAUUCCAUCUGUGUUUGUCAUUGCUGACUGGAAAACUUCUUUCUUCCAGACUGUUUGAUAUGGAGGAAAAACAAUUGGAUUGUCUGCUAAGUCUGCAAAUAAACUAUCCAGAAAUAUCAGGUGUAGUAGUCCCCACUGUACAAGUUUUAUGGUUUAUAUAAGCACUAACAUUUUUCUCUUCUGUAAGUUGUAUUAAAAAAAAAAAGAUGCUGUUGGCAUAGUAUAUAAAUUGUUAUAAAACACCAGAAAGAAAAAUUCUGUAUCUUUCAACUGAAAACAGCCAAUACCCUGAUAAAUGACUGUAUCAAGUUUUCACUUGCAUGUUAGUCCACAGAGUUGUCCAGAUUCUAAAUUCACUCGUAAAAGAAAAUAGCGAUUCAUUAUUGGUCGUCAUCAUAAGUGUAGCUGUUUAUGUAUGUUGAGGUUAUUUGCUUUUUUUUUGUUUUAUGAAAAUUAUGUAAAUUUUGUAUUUUCCUCCCAGGGGAGAAAAAAAACAAAACAUCAAACAAGAGAAACACCUAAAUUAUCCUUUGUUUUUUUGUUUUUUUUUUAUAAACCACAUUUGGGUUUUCCCCUUACAAAAACCACAGGAAAAGUCCCUUAGAAUAAAGCAGUAUAUUUGUAUUUGA